AUGGAACUAAUCCAGCCUGGCCCCUGGGCCAAAUUACCCCCGGCUCCUCCUCCUGUUCCGACCACUCACCCUGCUUCUAUCCCUUCCCUCAGCCAGCUGUGGCUCAGCCACUGGACCACCCCAUCCAACCCCUUUGAGGAAGAAAAAGAGGAAGAUGAAGGCCCCAAAAAUGAUGGGACAUUUAAGGCAUGCAUCAUGAGGUCCACCAAUGGGGUGAGAGCAAGCUAUCCACUGUCUCAGGCAUCCUCCAGUGAGAAGAGAUGUUCAGCUUCAUCAUUAUCAUCAUCAUUACCAUCAAUACCACCACCUACUAAAACGAAGCAGAAGAGUUGUCAAGAAAACCCCUUCAACCGUAAAGCUCCGCCCACUGACUCUUUCAGUCACAGUACUACAAUUCCCACUAGCACUCAAGCCAGUGCUCCAGACCAUGGCUUCCCUCUCAUUAGGAGGAAGGUUCAGGAAGAAGGUUAUAUGCAUGAAGAGGAUCUGCAGAGGCAGCAGGGGGCACUGGAGGACAGACUGCAGGAGCUAGAGAGGCGAGGAGAGGAGCUGGAAAAGAAGAUUCACAACUGCACGCUUGGUAAGCAGGAGGAAGAGCUGUUGGUGGAUUGGUUCACCCUCAUACACGAGAAACACACGCUGGUGCGCAGAGACGCUGAACUAGUAUAUAUUUUGAAGCAGCAGGAGUUGGAGCAGACGCAGGCAGAUGUUGAGUUUCAACUCAGGAGCCUCCUUAACAAACCAGAGCAAGAAUGGACCCGGGAUGAUGAGAUCAGAGAGCAGAAGUUGACCUUUGAGCUUGUGGCCAUCAUUGAGCAGCGGGAUGACAUCAUCAGCAGCCAGGAGAAAGACAGACAGAGGGAGCAGGAGGAGGAUGAUUUGCUGGAUGCUGUAAUCAAAAAGAGAGACUUCUACAGACAGGUCAGACCCCAGCUGUUGAGUUUUGGGCGCAAACUGAAGCCUCUACGAGUGCUGAAGAUCUUGAAGGCACUGAAAGCUCGAGGCUCUAACAGGAAGGAGAAAAGGAGCAGCUCCAUCAGCCUGAGCUGAGCACUGAACUGUUACUGAGCAGUAAUGAUGUGAAGAUCUGUGGAAAUGUAGAGGGAUUUGUCUGAAAUCUACACUGUGGAAAAGUCUGAUUUUCUGCCAGUAAGACAAAGAAUUUGAAUAAAAACACUGCAGGUCACCUUUAGUGUAAAUUACAGUGUCUCUCUGAAGCUGUAUGAGUUCAGAGGAAUCAUACAGCGGUUUACAAAUGAAAGUCACCAUUCACAUCAAAGCAUGCAUCUUUAGUAAUAAAAGGAUUUCUCCUGAAUGUCA